UACACACGUUUACACGCCUAUUGCCUACCUACCACUACUACUUAUCCCGUCUCUCGUUACAGUUUUUCCUGUCGCUCCCCAUGAAGUGGUGAGCGACGGUGACGAUGACUCGUCUUGCGUUGUUUUCGAUUCGCGCUCUCUUCACAUUAGCGACAACAUUCACACUCACUGACGCCCUCCGAUACGAUGCCACACAGAUAGACUACAAUCUCAACCGGAACAAAACCGCCACAAAUCCUCUCGACUACUGGGGCGACCGAACAGAGGAUGACCCGAACUUUAAAUACCACCCCUCGCCCAAAUCCUGGCGAGUACCCUUCUACACCGUCUUCGUUGAUCGUUGGGUAAACGGCGACCCAGACAACGACAAUGCCAAUUUAACCCUUUUCGAGGCCGAUAUCAUGAGCAAUCAGCUCCGGUUCGGCGGUGACGUGGAUGGAAUAAUAGACUCUCUGGAUUACAUUCAGGGACAGGGAGUCAAGGGCAUCUACAUUGCAGGAUCCCCCUUUAUCAACCAACCGUGGGGUGCGGAUUCGUACUCGCCACUUGACUUGACUCUUCUCGAUAGGCAUUUCGGUAAUAUCAAAAAAUGGCAGGAGGCGAUCGACGCCAUUCACGCUCAUGGCAUGUGGGUUAUCAUGGAUAAUACAAUGGCAACCAUGGGUGAUCUCAUUGGUUUCGAGGGUUACCUGAACACAAGUACGCCUUUCCUCACGGAGGAACACAAGGUCCUGUGGAAGAGCGAUCGGCGUUAUUUGGACUUCGACAUCGGCAACACAUACAACCAGACGUGCGACUAUCCAGAGUUCUGGUACGAAGAUGGCAAGCGGAUCAAGCCCGAUGGGCUAAAGGGAUGCUACGACAGCGACUUCGAUCAAUAUGGUGAUAUUGAAGCCUUCGGUGUUUUCCCCGAUUGGCAACGCCAGCUUGCCAAGUUCGCCUCCGUUCAGGAUCGUCUCCGCGAAUGGAAGCCCGACGUGAUUGCUCGACUCGCCCGAUUUUCCUGCAUGACAAUCGGCAUGUUGGACGUCGAUGGUUUCCGUAUCGACAAGGCCGUCCAGGUUACCGUUGACGCUCAGGCGCAUUUUAGCAGCGCGAUGCGAAAGUGCGCAAAGGAAAAGUUCGACAAGGACAACUUCAUUAUCGUCGGAGAAAUUACGAGUGGUAACACUUUGGGUUCUAUCUACCUUGGCCGCGGUCGCGAGCCCGAACCAGCCGAGGAGCUUUCGGAAGACCCCCAAAAGGCUCUGACCCUCGGCAACUCGACUACCGAUGUCUCCAAGUACUUCGUUCGCGAGAAGGGCAACAGUGCCCUGGAUGCUGGCGCGUUCCACUAUUCCGUCUAUCGUUUCAUGACCCGCUUCUUGGGCAUGAGCGGCAACCUCAGAGCCGGCUACGAUUUGCCCACGGACUGGAUUGAGACUUGGCAGGAAAUGAUCGCAACAAACGACUUCUGGAAUGCCAACACCGGUGAAUUCGAUCCUCGCCAUCUCUACGGUACAUCCAAUCAGGACGUGUUCCGCUGGCCAGCCAUUGAAAAGGGUACCGAGCGCAUGCUUCUCGCCUACUUCAUCACUACCUUCCUCUUGCCAGGCGCCCCCCUGAUGUAUUACGGUGAAGAACAGGAGCUGUAUGCGCUGGACGGCACGGCCAGUAACUAUGUCUACGGUCGUCAGGCUAUGGCUCCCAGCCCGGCAUGGAUGGCCCACGGCUGUUUCUCGUUGGAGAACGAUCUCUACGUCGAUUGGCCGGCCACCAAGGCCCUAAAUGGCUGCAAAGAUCCGUCCGUUGGCUGGGAUCACCGCAAUCCUGCUGCGCCCGUGCGCAACAUCCUGAAGAACAUGUUCGCCCUGCGGAACUCUUCCGAGCUCGGAGUCCUCGAACACGGCUGGUUGCUUGAGAAGCUUUCCAACCAGACCGAUUUCACGUUGCUUAAAGGCAGCGGUGACCCUACGGAACGUGGUAUCUGGAGUGUCGUCCGUGGACUGUACCCUGGAGUGCAAGACGCGCUCAAGGACAAGCCUGUUUGGUUCGUUUACCAUAACCGAGAGAACACAACGACUUACAAGUUCAACUGCGACCAGAGGGAGGGCGCGUUCCUUUCGCCCUUUGAUGCCGGAAGCCAGGUCAAGAACCUGAUGGACGAUGGCGAUGUCGUCACGCUGUCUUCGUCCAACGUCAAGAACAACUAUACCAACUCGGGCAAGAACAUGGGCUGUCUUCCAGAGGUCACCCUGGAGCCGUUCGAGUUCCGUGUCUAUGUGGAUGACCCUGCGGACCGCUGGAUGCAGCCGGCACCGAUGAUCACCAAGUUUACGCCAGGACACGACCGCCCUAUUGACUCGACGACAUUAGUGAACGGCCGUCAAGAGAUCUCGUUUGAGUUCAAUACUGAGAUGGACUGCGAUAGCGUGACGAAGUCGCUCACUGUCAACUUGACGCAAGAUGGCGUGAAUGACCCCACGCCGCUCUCUUGGACCACGCCCGUAUGUGGAAAUUUUACACCCCAGGAUGAGGACAAAGUCAAGUACACGGGAGCCAUCAACUCGGCCUGGAAGUGGUCUACUAAUUUGACAAAUGUUGCUGACGGCAUCAUCAAGCUCACUGUUGGUCCCAACGCCGCAUCCAAGCUCAAGGUGGCGACCGGCACUCGCGAUCACUUCUUGCUCAGAAUUGGCAAGCCUGUCAAUCCUGUUGUGUGGGGAAUGGGUGCAACCUACAACUGGGACCUUCUUCAGAGCGUAAGCGGCAACAUGUACAAGAUCAAGCAUAGCGCCCCCGGCGCAACGAAAUGGCGUUACAGCACCAACUUCGGAUCUACGUGGAGCGGGUGGGUUAAUUAUACCGGCAUAGACACCCCUGUUACCGCCCAGCAGUGGUCGGGAACUGAUUUGCAGGCAUGGGAGGGCCAGCAUAUUCAAGUCCAAUACUUCAGCAAGCCUUUGGGCUCGUCGGCGUUCAUUCAGCACUCGGACAAGGGUGUCAACUACCAGCGUGUGCAGCCGCACAUCAAGCUUCACGGUCCCUUCAACAAGUGGGGUUACGACACCGGCCUGCCGGGUUCGAUGGAUCUUGUCGGCGACAACACUUGGUCGUUGCAUUACAUGUAUGAAUGGCCGGCCAACUUCCAGCUCAACAUUUGGGGUAUCAACGCGGACAACCAGCCUGAUGUCUCCUUCAUCUUUGGCGAUAUUGAUGGUGACCACGUUGUUGACCGCCUUCCCCCUAGCAGUCUUGCCAACAACGUCAUCAACAUCACCGAUCCUCCCCCAAUGCCAGCUCUUGCGUGGAAGGUUUACUACAAUGACGCGACCUGGACGUACCAUUUGGAGCCGGCUGGCAACAUGAACGUCCAGAUUGCUCUCUUCUGGCUCUUCGCAAUCCUACCUGUGGCGUUGGCAUGCUUCGCUGGUUGGAUCUACGUCACCAGUUUCUACCAAGUCAAGGUCAACAAGUCCGGUUUCGCGGCCAAGGGCUGGAUGCCACUCAAGAUUGGCAACCUCUCGAAGCUCAACCUUGGCGGCGGCAAGGGCGUUGAGAUGAACUCCAUUACACCACCGCCCCCGAGCAGUGCGCUUUCUCCCCUUGGUGCUGCCGGUGGCCGAAGAACCGUGUUGAUUGCCACCAUGGAGUACAACAUUGAUGACUUCAAGAUCAAGAUCAAGAUUGGUGGCUUGGGUGUCAUGGCCCAGCUGAUGGCGAACGCGUUGAACCAUAUGGACAUCGUUUGGGUCAUUCCCGUGGUAGGCGACGUUCACUAUCCCCUCGAGAAGAUGCAAAAGGCCGACCCCAUGUACGUCGAUGUCAUGGGUCAACCCUAUGAGAUCGAGGUCUACUACUAUGUCGUCAAGAACAUCACCUACGUCCUUCUCGAUUGUCCCAUCUUCCGCAAGCAGACCAAGGCCGAUCCUUACAUCGCCCGUAUGGACGAUAUCGAAAGUGCCAUCUUGUACGCUGCAUGGAACAGCUGUAUCGCCGAGUCUAUCCGCCGCUUCCCAGUCGAUAUCUACCAUAUUAACGAUUACCACGGUGCCGCCGCUCCCCUCUAUCUGUUGCCCCAGACCAUUCCCAUCUGUCUUUCGCUCCACAACGCCGAAUUCCAGGGUAUGUGGCCGAUGCGUACCCCCGAGGAAGCGAAGGAAGUCUGCGAGGUGUUCAACCUGCCGCCUGAGGUCGUCAAGGAUUACGUUCAGUAUGGUUCCGUCUUCAACCUGUUGCACGCUGGCGCCAGUUAUCUCCGUAUUCACCAGCGUGGUUUCGGUGCUGUCGGUGUGUCCCGCAAGUACGGUGAUCGUUCAUUGGCUCGUUACCCUAUUUUCUGGAGUUUGAAGAGCAUUGGCCAGCUUCCCAACCCCGAUCCUUCCGAUACCGCCGACUGGGAUCCCAGCCAGGAUGCCAAUGACCAAGCAAAGGGCGUUGAGGUUGACCAGGCAGCCGAGGAGAAGAGAGGAGAGUACCGUCGCCAGGCACAGGAAUGGGCUGGUCUCGAGGUGGACCCUUCGGCUGAGCUCUUCGUCUUCGUUGGUAGAUGGUCUCUUCAGAAGGGUGUGGAUCUGAUUGCUGAUCUGUUCCCCAGCAUUUUGGAGAAGUACCCCAAGACGCAGCUCAUCGCCGUUGGUCCCGUCAUUGAUCUCUACGGUCGCUUCGCUGCCCUCAAGCUGGAGAAGCUCAUGCAGAAAUAUCCCAAGCGUGUCUUCAGCAAGCCCGAGUUCACCUCGCUUCCUCCCUACAUCUUCACCGGUGCCGAGUUCGCCCUUAUCCCUUCCCGUGAUGAGCCCUUCGGUUUGGUCGCUGUCGAGUUCGGAAGAAAGGGUGCCUUGGGUGUCGGUGCUCGUGUCGGUGGUCUCGGUCAAAUGCCUGGUUUCUGGUACACUGUCGAGUCCAUGACGCCCUCCCAUUUGAUCCAACAGUUCAGACAGGCUAUCGAAUCCGCCCUUGCCUGCAAGCACAACAAGAGAGCUGUCAUGCGUGCGUGGUCCGCCAAGCAGCGUUUCCCCGUCGCCCAGUGGGUUAAGCAGCUCGACGACUUGUACAGCGAGUCUAUCCGUAUCCACAUCAAGGAGCAGAAGAAGAAGAAGAUGGAAGUCCUGAGCCCUGGCCUUAGCGUGCCCGGUGCCUCGUCGCGUGCUAGCUACGCCGAUCCUGGCAGCGGUCGUUCGUCUCCUGGUCCUCUCACCGGUCCAUCCCGUCCCGUUACACCCACGCUCCGCGAUCUCGCUUCUCCCGAUCUCCCGACACCGGGUGCCCCCUGGGCAGGCGGAAGGUCCGAGUCACCGGGAGCCCGCGACUCGACUGCGAGCUCCAUUGGUGGAAACUUCUACUUGCAGCCUAACGGUGCUCGUGAGAGUACUAUGAGUGUAGACAGCUUUGCGAUCCGUGCCCAGAAUGGAGGGCCCAUGUCGCCUGGCCUUGCUCCCGAUGGCGGCCUUGCCUUCCCUCGUCCUGCGUUUACACAAGCCCAUCGCAACAGCAGCCUGCUCAGUCUUCCGGACGUUGUCGGUGACCGACACGAUCUUAAGCUUCAGAAGGUUGACCAGUUCUUCAACGAUACCAACGGCGAAUACUAUGCGGAAUUCGAGCAGAUGCUCGAGGCCUUGACCGCUAGCAACUCUUCUAGCGACCUCUGCAUUGAAACCUUCUUGAAGAGGAGUGAAAAGGAGUGGUUUGCUAGAUACAGAGACGCCAAGCUUGGUCGCCACAGAGACGCCAGCCGUAUGGGCCGGAGUCCUGGAGGCAGCAGACCCGAGUCGAGAAACGGGGAUCGCAGCGAGUCGGUUGUCAGCCGUGGCCGCCAACCUAUGCGCAGCGCUACCCCCAGUGGCUUGGCUAGGUCUGUCUUCGAGGAGUCGCCACCGGGUGGACGUGCCGAUUACGACGAUGAGUUCUUGUUGGGUGACGGUUACCAGGCUCCCACUGGUCUGAAGAAGCUCCUCUCCGUUCGCAUCGGUGACUGGCCGCUCUACGCGUUCCCCCUCGCUCUUGGUCAAAUCAUCUCUGUCAACUCUUACCAGAUCGUCCUAUUGAGUGGCACGCAAGCCCAGACGCCCGAGAAGCUCUACACGGUCGCCGGUGUGUAUAUCGCUACAUCCCUCGGGUGGUGGGGUAUGGAGCGCAACUUCAAGUCGGUCUACGCCCUGUCUCUUCCCUGGUUCUUCUUCGGUCUUGCCUUCCUCCUUCUCGGUAUCGCGCCAUUCAUUGGCGACUGGAAGGUGGCUGACAGCGUGACAAGCGCGGCUACCGCUUUUUACGCGGCCGGAGCCAGUCAUGGUGCCUUGUCGUUCGCCCUCAACUUCGGUGAUGAAGGUGGUGCUCCUACCAGGCAGUGGAUUACUCGUGCCCUGAUCGUUUCCGGUAUCGCCCAAGUCUACAGUCUUGGUCUCUGGUAUUGGGGUGCGACUGUGUCGAGCGAGGCUCAGACCAUGUCCAAGUUCAUUGGCGAGUCGAGCGUCCCCCUGGCCGUUGUCAUUUGCGUACCGGUUGCCAUCUUCCUCUGGGCGAUUGGCGCGGUUCUUUACGUCGGUUUGCCAGACUUUUAUCGCCAGUCUCCGGCCGCGAUUCCCGGCUUCUACAUCUCGCUGUACAGGCGUAAGAUUGUGCCCUGGUUCUUCGUCAUGAUCAUCCUCCAGAACUACUGGCUGUCGGCGCCCUAUGGCCGCAGCUGGGGCUUCCUGUUCGCGACGCAGUUCAUCCCCAACUGGGGCAUCUUCCUGAUGGCCCUCGGUUUCUUCGUGGUGCUCUGGAGCAUCGUCCUCUACGGCUUCUCCUACUUCUCGGACGAGCACACGUGGCUCCUGCCCAUCUUCGCCAUCGGUCUCUGCGCUCCUCGCUGGGCUCAGGAGAUGUGGGGCACCAGCGGUAUCGGCUGGUACCUCCCGUGGGCCGGCGGCCCUGUCGGCUCGGCCGUCCUCUCCAGGUGUCUCUGGUUGUGGCUGGGCCUGCUGGACAACAUCCAGGGCGUCGGUCUCGGCAUGAUGCUGCUGGCGACGCUGACGAGACAACACGUGCUGACGGUGCUGCUUGGCGCCCAAGUGAUCGGUUCCGUGUUUACGAUGAUUGGACGCGCGACGAGCCCGAACGCUCUGUCGCCCAAUACGACUUUCCCCGAUUUCUCGCAGGGCUUGUAUCCCGGCGUCGCGAGCCCGUACUUCUGGGUUUGCUUGCUUUUCCAGUUGAUUAUCCCAGUUGGGUUCUUCAAGUUCUUCAGAAAGGAACAGGUGGCGAAGCCAUAAAUGAAUUUUUACAUCUCUAAUUUAAUGGCGGAGUUGAGUGUUGGCGGCGAUUGGUGGUGUGCGAUGCGGCUGCUGCGGCGAAGUUUGGCUGGAGUUGUGGUAUCGUCAACAGGUCACAGGUUAUAAGGUGGUGGUGGUGGAUUUGAUGGUGGUUAGACCGGGUGGUGAAACGUCUUUUUACAUACACUCACGCACACACGCACGCAUACGCACACAUACGCAAGGCUACUCUCACGCGCAAAGCAUAUUAUUUACAUAUCAUAUAUAUUUUUGUUUUAUCUCACAUCUU